CUAUUUCCUUCCCCGCCCCCUUGCAAGAAAGCGCCCUGGAGUCUGGCUUCCGCUUGACUGGCUGGAAGGGAACCCGGUGAGCUGCCUUUGGAGAAGGACCCCCUGGAUGCCUCCUCCACCGUCUCCCCUGUCUGCUGAAGGGAAGAGAGCCGACAUGCAGCCCGCUCAGGCUGGAGUGUCCUUCGAAGAGGUGGCCGUGGAUUUCACCCCGGGGGAGUGGAGCCUGCUGAGUCCAAUGCAAAGAGCUCUGUACAAGGAAGUCAUGCUGGAGAAUUAUGGGAACGUGGCCUCUCUGGGACCUCUGAUUGCUAAACCUGACCUCAUAUCCCAGUUGGAAGAAGACCCGUUUUUCCUGGACUGCAAUCAAGAGGACAGAUUGGCAGGUAUCCCUUUCUUUCAGCAGGAGAUGUAUGGCAGUCAGAGAAUGAAGCAGAAGAACACCGGCUGA